AUGACAAAGGAUGAAAAGAUUAUUGUUGCUGAUAUGACGAAGUCCAUGGUGAAGCCAAGAAAUAUUUUGUUGACGUUAAAGGAGCACAAUGACAAUAAUUAUACAACAAUCAAACAAAUUUACAAUGUGAGACAUGCUUACCGUUCCUCCAUAAGAGGGAGUAACAUCAAAAUGCAACAACUGAUGAUGUUGCUUGAUCGAGAUCAGUAUAUUCACUGGCAUAGGCUGAAGGAUGAUAAUGUUGUACGGGACUUGUUUUGGAGUCAUCCCGAUGCAGUAAAGUUAAUCAAUUCAUGUGAUUUGGUUUUCUUGAUUGACAGUACCUACAAAACCAAUAGGUACAAACUGUCGUUGCAUGAUACUGUUGGUGUUACACCAACAGGAAUGACAUUCUCCGCUGGUUUUGCUUACUUGGAAGGAGAAUGUUUUAAUAAUGUUGUUUGGGCUGUAGAGUGGUUUCGGGUGAAAACUGUAUUCUUGGAUGCUACGAACUUGUUGUGUCAGUUCCAUAUUGACAAGAAUGUCAAGGCAAAGUGCAAAACCCUGGUUGCUUAA